CUUCUAUUGUCCAGGUGAAUGAGUUUACUUCUUGAAGUCUCGGAACAUCUUGAAAGUGACAGCAUUCGUCUUCUUUUCACUCCCUAGCUUCGUGACUACAUUCUUUGACGAACUAUUUAUACUAUUUGAGAAGCUGGGCUUCUUCAAUUCUAUCAUUAAGAACUAGAGCAUCAAACCAUUCGACAGCUAGCCGCGAUCGCAUUGCGCAUUAUCAAACUACAAAGUGUCGAAUUCAGAAAUCAUCAUGAAAACAUUCAACCACUUACCAGUCAUUGCAGUUCUCGUUACGUCUGCAUCCGCACAUAUCAGUAUGAGUCAACCGGUACCAUACGACAGCAAUAAAAGCCCUCCAACCACGAGUCCCCUCGACGCUAGUGGUGCAAAUUAUCCAUGCCAAGGAACUCAAGGGAGCUUCUCCGCUACAUCUUCAAAUACUGCAGCGGUGGGAUCCACAUUUAAGAUGUCUUUCUCAGGGACUGCUGUGCACAAUGGAGGCUCAUGUCAAGUCUCGCUUACGACAGAUGGAGCAUCAGCCCUUAAUCCAAACACGAAGUUCAAAGUCAUAUAUUCCAUGCUAGGCGGGUGUCCCGGUUUGAAUGGCGCAACAGUGUCCUACGACGUUCCUGUUCCAUCAGAAGUUCCUGCUGGUGACUAUACUCUGGCUUGGACAUGGUUCAAUAACAUCGGCAAUCGUGAGAUGUACAUGAACUGUGCUCCAAUGACCAUCACCGGUGGUAGUGGUACAAACGAAACUUUUGAUGCUCUCCCCGACAUGGCUGUGUACAACAUUGCAUCCAAAAACAGUUGCAAAACUGUUGAGACUUUUGAUGUCGAUUUCCCUAACCCCGGAAAAUACACAACUAAGGGUGCGAGCUUCAAACCUCAGGCUCCGACUUGUGACGGUACGGACCUUGGAACAGGCUCAGGCGGAUCUGGAUCUAGUAAUACUACCUCAGGAACGACUGGCGGUUCGAGCGGCUCAAAUGGCAGUGCUACUUCAUCUGCAAAUAAUGGUCAGUACACUGGCAUCGGUGCAGGAGGCUCGCAGGGAAGUGCUACGUCUUCGGCGACGCCGUCUGCAAGCAGCGGUCCAAACUCAGGGAGCUCCCCACAAGUACAGGCACCUGGUGCAGCAUCGUCAUCUGCAACUACUACCGCAUCUGUCGUUCAGUCUUCCGCGGCCGCAGCAACCACGGCCGCAGGUGGCACGAACGGCACAUUCAGUUCUCCAUCUCCAUCUACAGGCUCCAGUACUUCUUCUGGCACAGCUUGUUCGCAAGAUGGGGUGAUGAUUUGCUCGGCUGAUGGCUCACAAUUUGGUCUGUGCAAUCAUGGUUCAGCCAUCAUGAUGCCAGUUGCUGCUGGCACCAAGUGUGUAAAUGGCGCAAUCCAAAAAAGGAGGCGGGAUAUCCCUGUUAAGAUUCCAUUCCCAUUCAAAGGCUGAUAGACUUCUGCUGUGAUUUAAGCGACUGCUCUCUCUUACGAUGAUAAAAUCACAAAGCAGAACUUUGGGUCAUAGGAUAAAUGAAGUCCCUUAUGUAUUCUCUCAAAAAAUAAACUGGCAAGCAUAAGUGGCGUUUCAGGUAGCAUAUACACGUCGAAGCCGCUAUAGCAUUGGCUCGAGGGGAUUUCCAGAGACAGGUUCU